AAGAACAGUCAGGCUUAAUCAUAGCAUAAUCACAGUGAAUGCCCAGGAUUUGGCAUCUAAUUAGAUCACUGUUAUCUUGAUUGGUCCUGUAAUAUCUCUUUACCAUGUAUCCACCUAUUAUAUUAACCAACUUCUGAGAAGAGUUGAUCCAGAAAAUAUUGUUUAUUUAUUCCAAGGUCGUCCACGAAGUCACAAACUCUACUAAGCAGCCGGCCAUUUUCUUCUUCCUUGAAUUUAGAUCCAGUUUAAUCUUUUUCAGUGGAUUCAUUCACCCCCAACUUGAAAUUCAGUAUAAGGGAAUCCGAGCUUCAAUCAAAGGACACUGAUUUGCUUCUUUUAAUGCAAUGCAAAAAGGCACACCAUUGUAAAAGCUUCAAAGGUGGCAUAGCUUUCUAAGACAGCCGACUAGUCAAAGAAUUGGGUAAACCCUUUAGAGCACAAUAUUCUAGAUUUAAAAGGCAAAGAGAGUAUUGUAUGCAACUACAUCCUCCAUAACUAGAAAGUCAAUUACUGAAUCCUCUUCUGAGAUAUGAAAGAGAUAUAGCUAGAAAUAUCUUUGAUUUUCCUGAGCAGCUAGGUUUGGUUCACCGUUUCCAUAAACCCAUCUUGACAAUUGUCAAUAUCUGAAGCUUGUAAGGCUUCUGCAAUUAAUGCCGUUUCUGUGACUCAUUUGGCUUUGUUGUGAAGCCUAGUUUGGUUCUAUUAUUAUGCAUGAAGCCAUUCAAGUUCAUGGAGGGAGUUUCAAAACACAAACGCUCCAAUAGUGACCCGGUGAAAAGAAAGGUUGGGAAGGAUAAAUUGAAUAGCAUCAUCUUAGCUCCUUACAGACUUGGAAAUAGAGAAAUGGGAAGACCAAACAGCUGUGUCGAAGAGCAACCCAAUUGUUCUGAUGUUCAAGGUUCUUUAAAUCAGGAGGACCAACUUGUGGCACGCCAUGCUUUUGAGAAGGCUUUAAGUUAUCAGCACCUAUCAUACGAUACUACGAUCGAAGACUCACUCCCAAAGUCUGCCAAGGACCUAAUAAAGGACAUUACAGUUUUAGAACUAGAAGUUGUCUUUUUGGAGCGCCAUCUUCUAUCCUUAUACAGGAAAACGUUUGAUCAAUGCAUACCAUCUGAAUUGACUGUGGCCGAAAGACAGAGUUCUUCUUCAGUCACACAUGAAGGAAGUUAUAAAGAAUUUUCUGGACAAGAUGUUACACCAGAAAGUAACAAAACCAUCACCUACGCUGAUGAUCUUACAUUGCCUCGGAGUACAUCUGGCAAACCAUUCAAGGAAUGCAAUGGCAUAUGGGAACCAGAAAAACUGUUAGAUUUGAGCAUUCAUCGUUGCUAUUCCUCCCUGUCUCAGCGUUCAACUUGUUCACCGAAAACUUCUCCUCGAACAAAAUGUCAAACUAAAAAUGUAGAUUCAUACCACUCCUUACCUUUCUCAAUGCUAGAGCAAGCGCAGUUUGCAACUUCAAAUUUAUAUGCAGAAGAACAUCUUGGAAGUUAUUUCUCUGAUCAUGUUCCAGAAACACCAAACAGCCUUUCUGAAGAAAUGAUCAAGUGCAUUUCAGCAAUAUAUUGUGAACUUGCUGACCCGCCUAUUAUCAAUAACGGUUACACUUGCUCUCCAAUCACAUUCUCAGCACCAAUGCAUGACUUUUCGUCACAGGCUGAAAGUGAAAAGUGGAGUUCCCGGCGCACGAAAAUUCCUUUUUUCAAUUCACAAUCUGAAAAGCCUAUCCACUUUGAAGGAUCAGAAGAAUUGAGUGGACCUUACUGUAGAAUGCUAAAGGUACAGUGCAUCAGUGAGGAUACGGAGAAGUUAAGAGAUGUUGACCACACACUAAAGAAAUUUAGCUCACUUGUUUAUCAGUUGGAAGGAGUGGAUCUCAGAAAGAUGAAACAUGAAGAGAAGUUAGCCUUUUGGAUUAACGUGCACAAUGCACUCGUUAUGCAUACAUUUUUAACAUAUGGGAUUCCACAAAAUUAUUCAAAAAGAGUUUCAUUGCCACUCAAGUCUGCAUAUAAUGUGGGAGGUCACACCAUAAGUGUAGACAUGAUACAGAGGUCCAUUUUGGGGUGCAGAUUGCCUCGUCCUGGACAAUGGCUGCGGCUGUUGUUUACCAUGAAAACAAAGUUCAAGGCUGGAGAUGCACGCAAAUCGUAUGCAAUUGAGCAACCCGAACCUCUCUUGCAUUUUGCACUCUGCUCGGGAAGCUAUUCCGAUCCUGCGGUACGUAUGUACACAUCAAAGAGAGUGUUUGAGGAGCUGGAAACUGCAAAAGAGGAGUACAUCCAAUCAACCUUCCUUCUGCACAAGGAACAGAAAAUCCUUCUUCCAAAGAUUGUGGAGUCAUUUGCAAAGGACUCAGGAUUAUGCUCUGCCGGUUUGGUAGAGAUGAUUGAGCGUUUACUGCCUAACUCUGAAAGAAAAAGUAAUCCCCAGUGCCAACAGAGAAGAAUAUGGAAGGCAAUUGAUUGGAUUCCUCACAACUUUACUUUCCGCUAUCUUAUCCCAAAAGAAGUAGCUUGGUGAUCUCCUAUAUUGUUGAGUGAAGAGUUCAGAAUGGAAAUGAAUCACUACUUCUCAGCAGAUACACACUCGUCUAUCAGCAGAGUGAUGAUCAAAGGUGCUCAAGCUUGUUGAGCUUGAGUUAUUUAUGUGCUUGAAAUGAAAAGGACUUAUUAGAAGAGAGGUAAAAAAGAAAAAAAAAGGUGUGAAGUAUUGUACUCUUGUGAGCUUGAGCUUGUUUGAUCACCGGUCUUGUUGGAGUGUGAUGGUGGUGAUCCUGAUUUUUGCCUGCUCUUUUUCCAACAUUUUGCAGUAGGUUUUGUAUGUGAAAACCAAAUGAAAAUAGAAGCUUGGGGAGCUGUAAUUGAGAAAAGCGAGCAAUUUUUUUAUAUCAACCUGUCACAAGUUUUAACUCAAAUUGUAAUCGUUCAUUUUCUAUAACAUCU